UGCCCGGUGCUUGAUUUGUGUCUUUACCGGCUUCCGAUCCGCGUCUCUUUGCUCAUCUUCGUGUGCAGAACGCUUCAGUGUAAACAGUCAGACCUUUUACUUUUUUCACGUAGUUCAGCUGCAGUGUGUGACUUUAUUAUUGUUAUUUUUCAUGCCGCACGAGCGAAUAAUAUCAUACGUUUGUAACUCAGAGCGGAAAAUAAACCAUAUUAGCAACAUGGAGACGGAAAUACAUGUGCCUGUGGGCUCACCGACAAUCAGAAAAUUCCCAAUACACGUCGACGAGCAUAACGUGAAAGACGGGGCGAUAAAAUUAAUAAAAUUGCUGCGGCCAUCAUGGGACAUUAACCAGCUCAAGACCAAGUUUUUCACAGAUGGAACGACCAACAAGCUGGUGGGCUGCUAUAUGGACGAGAGCCCAGAGGACGUGGUGUUGGUGAGGGUGUACGGCAACAAGACCGAGCUGAUUGUGGACCGAGACAACGAGCUGAGGAGCUUCCAGGUUCUCCACGCCAAUGGCUGCGCUCCUCACCUCUACUGCACCUUCAACAACGGCAUCUGCUACGAGUUCAUGCAGGGAGACGCGCUCGGUACGCAGGACGUCAGGGACCCUGCGCUGCUCAGACUCAUCGCUACGGAAAUGGCUCGCAUUCACGCCAUUCACGCCCACAACGGCUGCAUCCCCAAACCCAACCUGUGGAUCAAAAUGAGCAGGUACUUCUCCCUCGUGGCCACAGAGUUCACCGACCAAGCCUCCAACGCCAGAAUCCAAGAGGAAGUUCCCAGUAAGGAAGUGCUGGAACAGGAAAUGACAUGGAUGAAGGAGCAUCUGUCUCAGCUUGGCUCGCCCGUGGUGUUGUGCCACAACGACCUGCUCUGCAAGAACAUCAUACACAAUGUGAAGGAAGGUUACGUUCGUUUCAUAGACUACGAGUACUCGAGUUACAACUACCAGGCAUUUGAUAUCGGGAACCAUUUCAACGAGUUUGCAGGCAUGAGUGAGCUGGACUACAGUCUGUACCCGAGUCGGGAGCUCCAACUGGAUUGGCUGCACACCUACCUGAAGGCCUACAAGCACUUCACUCAGAAAGGAGAGGAAGUGAGCCAGCGUGAGAUCGAGACCCUGUACGUGCAGGUCAACAAGUUUUCACUGGCAUCGCAUUUCUUCUGGGGUUUCUGGGCCCUCAUCCAGGCCAAGUACUCCUCCAUCGACUUCGACUUCCUUGGAUACGCCGUCCUGCGCUUUAAUCAGUACUUCAAGACCAAGCCGAAUGUCAUGGCCCUGAAGAUCCCGGAGUGAAAGGAGACGAGAUGAUGAGCUGACACUUUGGGAGUGGAGGGACUCCUGUUGGAUAGGGGAGGGGUCUGGGGUACAGCAAGGGUGGGUAUGAGGGCAGGUCAAAUUCCACGGGUCCCUCAACUAAACCAUGACUUCACGAUAACAUCCAUGUGUGUCUUUACUAAGGUCCACAUUUCCUCAUGUCCUCAAGCAUUUCUGGUGUUUUUUUUUUUUUUGGUACAUUAUUUAUUUCUGGUUCACUUUGAUAUCUAUUCACCCAAAUUUCUUUUGCAGUGAGCUUUAAGAGUGUGUCUCUGCAAUGAUGUAACUAUUGCCUUUGCUUGCUUGCUUGCUUUCUUUCUUUCGAGUGAUUCUUUUGAAAGUGUGGCGUAUGUGGUAGUCUGGAAGCCUCGGCUUGGUUAAGCCUGACUUCUUUUGACUUUUUUUUUUUUUUGAAAUACAUUCCUGAGAAGUUAAGGCCACCAAGGCCAUUCGCCCUCCGCUUUCUGGGGACCAGUCUGGGUUGUUUUUUUUCCCCUCCCCCCUACCUUUUAAGCCUUUAUGGUAACGAGUAACUCUGUUUAAUUUUCCACUUGGCGCAGGUGAUGGAAAAAUCUCAGCCCUGGCCUCCACCUCCUCCGUUUGUCCUUGCAUUACCUGCUCAGGGAUGUACCGGGUAACCAAAGUCCCAGACUCCUUUCCUGGAAAUUUUUUUUUCUCAUGACUAAAGAAAUUGUCUGUUUCUUUAACCAGUUCCUGAAAUGAACAAGGUGUUGGUUAUAUAAAAGCUCGUUGCAUAAUUAGAUCCAGCAGAUGUUCAGGCUUUGUGUAGCUCGGGUUCCUCAAACAUUAAAUCCAGAGGCGAUGGAUGCAGGUUGAGCCUUUACACUAAUGAUGUGCAUAUUAUUAAUGAUCCCAGCUGACAGGUGACAAAUUAAAAGAAAAACGUUGGUUACGAGGUUAUGGUUAUUUAUUUUGCUGCCAUCUAUGUUCCACUUGUCACGUUCGAUGGGGUGAAGCAGCACUGCGGAGGAUUUUUUUUCCCCCUCUCGUCCGCCCCCCGAGUGAACGUCUGUAGCCUAUAAAGAAACCUUUCUCAUUUGUAUCCUGAAUGGAGGCAUGGUCUCUUCCAGCUUGAUCCCGCCCCCAUUCAAGGCAUGACUGCUCGUUGAAUGGUUUAAUGAGGACGAAACGAUGUAUGCCAAGUCGUCAAAAUAACCAGGUGUAAUAACGACAUAACGGCUCAUUAUUUC